UCCGCGCUAGAGUUGGUGACUGGACCUCCUGCGACUUCAGGCUGCGAUGCUGCCCUUCUCUUUCUUCUGGACUUCCCGGCCUCUGCAAAGAUGCAGUCAGCUGGUCAGGAUGGCUAUCCGGGCCCAGCACAGCAAGACAGCCCAGUCCCAGCCUGGGGAAGCAGCCAGAGGCUGGACAGGCCAGGAGAGUCUGUGGGACAGUGAUCCUGAGAUGUGGGGGCUGCUGCAGAGGGAGAAGGACAGGCAGUGUCGGGGCCUGGAGCUCAUAGCCUCAGAGAACUUCUGCAGCCGAGCUGCGCUGGAGGCCCUGGGGUCCUGUCUGAACAACAAGUACUCGGAGGGUUAUCCUGGCAAGAGAUAUUACGGGGGAGCAGAGGUAGUGGAUGAGAUCGAACUGCUGUGUCAGCGCAGAGCCUUGGAGGCCUUUGACCUGGAUCCUGCACAGUGGGGCGUCAACGUCCAGCCCUAUUCAGGGUCCCCAGCCAAUCUGGCCGCCUACACAGCCCUGCUGCAGCCCCACGACCGAAUCAUGGGGCUGGACCUGCCCGAUGGCGGCCAUCUCACCCAUGGCUACAUGUCUGAUGUCAAGCGGAUCUCAGCCACAUCCAUCUUCUUUGAGUCCAUGCCUUAUAAGCUGAAUCCUCAAACUGGCCUUAUUGACUAUGACCAACUAGCACAGACGGCCCGGCUCUUCCGACCACGUCUCAUCAUUGCUGGUACCAGUGCCUAUGCUCGCCUCAUUGACUACGCCCGAAUGAGAGAGGUGUGUGAUGAGGUCAAAGCUCAUUUGCUGGCAGACAUGGCCCACAUCAGUGGCCUGGUGGCUGCUAAGGUGAUCCCUUCACCUUUCAAGCAUGCGGAUGUUGUUACCACCACCACUCAUAAGACCCUUCGAGGGGCCAGAUCAGGACUCAUCUUCUACCGGAAAGGGGUGCAGGCUGUGGACCCCAAGUCUGGCCGUGAGAUCCCUUACACAUUUGAGGACCGAAUCAACUUUGCCGUAUUCCCUUCGCUGCAGGGUGGCCCCCAUAACCAUGCCAUUGCUGCAGUUGCUGUGGCCCUAAAGCAGGCCUGCACCCCCAUGUUCCGGGAGUACUCCCUGCAGGUUCUAAGAAACGCUCGGGCCAUGGCCGAUGCCCUGCUAGAGCGAGGCUAUUCAUUGGUGUCUGGUGGCACUGACAACCACCUGGUGCUGGUAGACCUUCGACCCAAGGGCCUGGAUGGAGCACGAGCUGAGCGGGUGCUGGAGCUUGUAUCCAUCACUGCCAAUAAGAACACUUGCCCUGGAGACCGAAGCGCUAUCACUCCCGGGGGCCUGCGGCUUGGGGCCCCAGCCUUGACCUCCCGACAGUUCCGGGAGGAUGACUUCCGGAGAGUUGUGGACUUAAUAGAUGAAGCGGUCAGCAUUGGCUUGGAGGUGAAGAGUAAGACUGCUAAACUUCAGGAUUUCAAAUCCUUCCUGCUCAAUGACCCAGAAACAAGGAGGCAACUAACUGACCUCAGACAACGGGUAGAACAAUUUGCCAGAGCCUUCCCUAUGCCUGGUUUUGAUGAACGCUGA